AAAAUGUGAUGACUCCAAAAAAUGUGAUGACAACAAAAAAUGUGAUGACAACAAAAAAUGUGAUUACACCAAAAAAUAUGAUGACAAUAAAAACAUUUUGGACACCAAAAAAUGUGAUGAUAUUUAUAUAGACAUUUUAUUUUCUUACACAGGAUUUUGUGAUAUUAUUUUCUCAGUUACUUGUGGAGUGUAUAGAAAAAAAUAUGCAUGCUAUAAUAUUUCUACAGUUCCUUGGUUUGGCUAUAGAAAUUGGGGGUUCUUAAAGAACUGUAUGAAAAAUGACAUGGUGUCUAUAAGAAUAGAUAUUCAUAAUAUUAAAGAAAAGAAUGAAAUAAAAGAAAUAUAUUUAAAUAAUAUUAUAUCAGAGAUAAAGGAUAAAAAAGAUAAUAAGAAAAAUGUAAAUUUAUUAAACGAUCAUCAAAAUGAUAAUAAAGAUAAUAAUAAUGUUUUUAAUAAUCAGGAUAUAAAUUUAUAUCAACAUAAUAUUAUACAUAUAGAUGAUAAUAUAAAAAAAAAAAAAGAAUCUAAUAAUAAUAUAUAUAUUAAAAAAAAAAAUGUUUUUCAAAAAAAUGAUAAUAAUAAUAAUAAUAUAUAUGAUAUACAUAAAAAUAUUAUACGUCAAUAUAAUAAACUGGAUUCUAUAUCAGGAAGUAAUAAAAUAACUUACAUCAAUAAUAAUAAAAUAAAUUUUCAAGAAAUCAAUAAUGUCAAAAGUAAGGAAAAUAUAUUUACAUUAGAAUCUAAACUUAAUAAAAAUAUUAAUCAUAGAAAGGAACACACAACAAAAAAUGACAUCAACAAUAAUAAUAUAUGUAGUAAUAA